AUGGAUCCCGGUGUCGUUGCGCCAGAUACAAUUUCUUCAGAUUUCCGUCCACUCACAAGUCCAUAUAAAUUAACGGAACUCCGAAUCGAAGGAAUGCGAGGUAAACGUGAUUGUACAAUUGUAGGAAGCAUGGAGUAA